CGGAGUUCAGACGGCGGCGGGAGCGCGGGACGGAGGCGGCCGCGGCGUGGAGUGGUGGCGGCGGCAGCAGCAGCAGCAGCAGCAGCAGCCCCGGGCGGGCGCGUGCGCGGAUCAUCAGGCAGCUGAGGGGGCAGAGUCGCCGGCUGAGCCCCCAAAGGGACUCUCCUCUCCUGAGGGAGGACUGGUCUCGCCUCUGCCAGAAGCUCCGUAGGGGGGGGGCCGAUCCUGCAAAGAAGAACUUAGACUGGUGGGCACUUGAUCACUGCAACCCCCCCGCCACACACAAGGAGGGGUUCUUCUCUUUGCUCCCCCCUCCCCAAGCUUUCCCCUUACUCCAAGUUGCCAGUCUUCUGCAGCAAGUUGGAAGCAACCAGCCGGCAGCUGCUGCCCGGGCUUGGCACCUUCCGUAAAGCACUCCGUUGGGAAGGGGGAGGAUUUCGCUGGCUUGCUUCCCCCCUCCUCCCCAAGCUGACCAAGCACCCGACCUCUCCUCUCCCCCCGACUCCUUUCCCCACUAGCCGCCAAGCCCAGGCACACUUGAAGAAUUCCCUCAAGUUAGGAUCUCCUUCCUCGAAGAUGCUCCGUGGGAAAGCGCUUGGCUUCUGAUGCUCUCGCCAGCCUCGGGUUCCUCUUGCUUUUAGCCUGUCGCCUUCUCGCUCUCUCUUCUUCUGCUGCUUCAGCCCCUUUCCCCUCAUUCAAUAUUUUUGACCAGACCAAGGAUUUUUGUUUUAUUUCCCCAUGGGGCGCUUGGGGUCGGACUUGAAGACAGCGGGGAAGCAUGGCUGAGGAGCUGCCCUAGCCGGAGAUUCUCUCCCACGAAGGAAUUCAAGUUCUCCUUGGCAUUUGGUUAGACAACUCCUUAGCCAUUCUGGAGAUGGACUUGCUUUCCGGGACUUACCUCUUGGCAGUCUUGUUAGCCUGCAUCGUGUUUCAGUCUGGUGCACAGGAGAAGAAUUACACAGUACGGGAAGAGCUGCCAGAAAAUGUCCUAAUUGGCAAUUUGCUUAAGGACCUCAACCUGACCCUGGACCCUGAUGUGCCCCUCUCUUCGCCUCUUCAGUUCAAGCUUGUGUAUAAGACUGGGGACAUCCCGCUGGUCCGCGUGGAGGAGAAUACCGGAGAAAUAUUCACCACUGCCAGCCGCAUUGAUCGAGAAAAGCUUUGCUCUGGCAUUUUAAGUGAGAAUCGGUGUUUUUAUGAGGUAGAAGUUGCUGUCCUGCCUGAUGAAGUCUUCAGGCUGGUCAAGAUCAGGUUCCUGAUUGAGGAUAUAAAUGACAAUGCUCCACUUUUCCCAUCCACGGUCAUUAAUAUCUCCAUCCCCGAGAACACAGCCGUCAAUUCCCGUUACUCUGUCCCAUCGGCAAUUGAUCCUGACAUUGGAGUGAAUGGCAUUCAGCACUAUGAACUCCUUAAGCCCAAAACAGCUCCGAAAAGGACCUUUGGAUCCAUUACAAAUGAACAGGGUCAAAAUGUUUUUGGACUUGACAUUAUUGAGACUCCUGAGGGAGACAAGUGGCCCCAGCUGAUAGUCCAGCAGAUCCUUGACAGAGAACAAAAGGACACUUAUGUGAUGAAGAUUAAAGUGGAGGAUGGUGGAAACCCACCGAGAUCCAGCACUGCCAUCCUCCAAGUUACAGUCACUGAUGUAAAUGACAACCGCCCAGUGUUCAAGGAGAAUGAUAUCGAAGUCAGCGUUCCUGAGAAUGCCCCCAUUGGCACAUCGGUUUCUCAGCUCCAUGCCACUGAUGCUGACCUGGGAUCAAAUGCUCAGAUUCACUUCUAUUUCAGCAGCCAGAUCUCCACUUUGGCCAAAAGACUUUUUGCCAUUGAUAACACCACUGGCCUUAUCACGAUCAGAGAACCGCUGGACCGGGAGGAAUCUCCUGUACACAAGUUGACAGUCCUGGCAAGCGAUGGCAGUUCAACCCCCUCGAGGGCAACAGUGACGGUGAAUGUCACAGACAUUAAUGACAAUAUCCCAUCAAUCGACACCAGGUACAUUAUCAAUCCUGUGAACGGGACUGUGCUUUUGUCAGAGAAAGCUCCGCUUAAUACUAAAAUUGCCCUGAUUACGGUAAUGGAUAAGGAUGCUGACCUCAACGGUAAAGUUACCUGUUUCACAGACCAUGACGUGCCAUUCAGGUUAAAGCCUGUGUUUGAUAAUCAGUUUCUGUUGGAGACUGCCAUGUUCCUAGAUUAUGAGGCCACGCGGGAAUAUGCUAUUAAAAUAGUGGCGUCUGAUUCAGGGAAACCACCCUUGAACCAGUCUGCAAUGCUCCUCAUCAAAAUCAAGGAUGAGAAUGAUAAUUCGCCACUGUUCACACAGCCCAUUAUUGGACUCUCUAUCCCUGAGAACAAUGCGCCCGGAACCCAGCUAACCAAGAUAAGUGCUACAGAUGGAGACAGUGGACGCAAUGCUGAGAUCAGUUACAUGCUGGGCUUGGAUGCACCCCCCAUUUUCAACCUGGACCGCCGUACAGGCAUUCUGACUGCCGUGAGAAAGCUGGAUAGGGAGAAACAGGACAGGUAUUCAUUCACUGUGCUGGCAAAAGAUAAUGGCAUGCCACCCUUGCAGACCAAUGCCACUGUGACAGUUUCAGUCUUGGACCAAAAUGACAACAGUCCUGCUUUCACACACAACGAGUAUAAUUUUUACGUGCCUGAAAACCUACCCAUGUAUGGCACGGUUGGACUCAUCACUGUGACAGAUGCAGACUCAGGGGAGAAUGCGGCAGUGACCUUGUCUAUAUUAAAUGGCAAAGAUAAUUUCAUUAUUGAUCCCCUCACUGGAGUCAUAAGACCCAAUAUUACCUUUGACAGAGAGCAGCAAGGGUCUUACACUUUCCAGGUGAAAGCUGUAGAUGGAGGAAGAUUACAACGUUCAUCAACUGCUAAAGUCACCAUCAAUGUUGUGGAUGUUAAUGACAACAGGCCUGUGUUCGUCAUCCCUUCGUCUAACUACUCUUAUGAUUUAGUUCCGAUGUCCACCAGUCCAGGCUCUGUAGUGACUAAAGUGUUUGCCAUUGACAAUGAUACAGGGAUGAAUGCUGAACUUCGCUACAGCAUUAUAGGCGGAAACUCCAGGGGCUUGUUUAUGAUCGACCAGUUAACAGGCAAUGUUACUUUGAAAGAGAAAGUCAUUUCAUCAGAUCAUGGAUUGCACAGGUUGGUUAUCAAGGUCAAUGACUUGGGGCAGCCUGAGUCUCUAUAUACUAUAGCCUUGGUGCAUUUAUUUGUGAACGAAUCUGUCACCAAUGGAUCCUACAUCCAAGAAUUAGUGCGCAGGAAUAUGGAAAUGCCAGUGGGCCAGAACGUUGGGGAUGGCGAGAUAACCCCCCAAACCAAUGAUUACAUCAAGAUAAUUAUUGCUAUAAUUGCAGGCACCAUGACAGUAAUCCUGGUCAUUUUUGUGACUGCUUUGGUACGGUGUCGUCAAACACCCAGGCACAAGGUUGUCCAGAAAAACAAGCAGAGUGGCGAGUGGGUAUCUCCAAACCAGGAAAACCGACAGAUCAAGAAGAAGAAGAAGAAGAAGAAACGCUCCCCCAAAAGUCUUCUUCUCAACUUUGUAACAAUUGAAGAAUCUAAGCCCGAUGAUCCUGGCCAUGAACACAUCAAUGGCACUUUGGACAUUCCUGUAGAGUUAGAAGAACAGACUAUGGGAAAAUACAACUGGGCCACCACACCGACAACCUUUAAGCCUGACAGCCCAGAUUUAGCAAAGCACUACAAGUCUGCCUCACCGCAGCCCACCUUCCAAAUUAAACCUGAGACUCCAGUGCCCCCGAAGAAGCACCAUGUCAUUCAGGAACUGCCUCUGGAUAACACCUUUGUGGUGGGCUGUGAUUCACUCUCUAAGUGUUCCUCCAGUAGCUCGGACCCUUACAGUGUCUCCGAAUGCAGCUGUCAGGGAGGAUUCAAGACUCCAGGCUCUAUCCACACCAGACAGCAUUCAAAAGAAGUGGGAAGACCACAGUCUCCGCUGAAAGAAACAAGUAUAGAAUCAUGGACUCAGCCACAGUCACAGCGCCGAGUCACGUUUCAUCUACCGGAUGGCUCUCAGGAAAGCUGCAGUGAUAGUGGGCUAGGAGACCAUGAGCCCAGCAGCACUGCCAGUACAUCACAUCCGUUACCGCUUGGCUUCCCACAAGAGGAGUACUAUGAACAGACAUCACCUAACAGUCGGACCGAGGGAGAUGGCAAUUCAGACCCAGAAUCCACCAUUGAAGUCAACCUCCAGAAAGCUCUAGCUGAAGCCUCUGAAACCUGCACACAGGAAUGCCUCAUCCUUGGUCAUUCUGACAAUUGCUGGAUGCCUCCGUCCUUGACACAGUACCAACAAUCCAACCCUCCUUUGCCAUCCUUUGGUUUCCAGCAAGCAUGGGGAAGAGGAGCCAUGCCAGAGGGAAGACAUACUCUAGGAAGGCCCAUUCCUAAAGAUGAUAAUGACAAAGGCCAAGGAGGACCCAGGCCUCAAUUCUACAACACCUGUGAAAGACAUUGUACCAGCGAAGACCCAGUCAAAGUUAUUCCUCUUGCAAACUUCAUUCCUGCCCAGGUGACAGUCAUGCCUGGGAGUAACACCACUUUGAUCCAUGAGCACCAGCUAUAAAAGCAUAUCUUGACAAAUCCAAGCUAUUUCAGGCUUUAAAGUAUGAGUGUAUAUAGUCUCAGCUUAAUGCAAUUUUAAUGCAUUUGCAAACCUGUUAAGGUUUGUGAAUAUUUAUGUACAUAGGAUCUUGAAUUGAAGCUGAAGAGAUCUAUCCUAAGUAAUGAAGAAAAAAGAAAAUUCAGCUUAUUCCGUAAAUAGUAUGCAAAAACAAAAGGAGUCGAGGUGGGGGGAACAGUGUCUUUGCCUAACGUUGGCACAAAAUAUUGUUUUAGGACAAGGUUGGUCUUCCUUGUACUGGAAAUUCUUUCGAGUGUUCUAGAGAUCAACCCAGUGAUAGUAAAUAGUAAACGAAAGGAGGGCUUUCAAAUCGACUCUUUGGUUUCAUGUCAUUAUUAUAUCUCGUACAUUAUCCAAAGAGGCUAAUUAGUAUAUACUUGUCCAAAAGCCUUGUGAUUCUUCAUAAGAGAAUCAAAAUAGAGAAGUAAUUUGUUGUUCCCAUUAUAUUUACCACUGGCAAAUCCCAUUACAAUGUUUUGGAAUAAUGGGGGGAGCAGAUAUGUUGUUGCACAUACAGCAUGUGACACAUCAUGCAGACUCCUUGAUUCUCAGAUAUACACGUAAAAUAUCUAAACAGAGCACUUGCAAUAAUACACAUUCCCACAAUCUGCGAGGCUUAGAGCCAGGGAUGAAUUAUUUAUGUCUUAUAUCCAUUGGUUAGACUGAUGGGAUGGGUGGGGGAGAGAGGUGGCUAUUGUUGUCAAAGGGAGUUAUAUGGAGUUUGGGGGAGAGGACUGAAUGACUUUAUAUGGCACAGGACUGUAGAACAUCUCUAUCUUCCCCAUUUCAAAUCAUGGAGAAUUCGUUAUAGUCCACUCCCUUCCCCAUUCCUGCCACAAAACAAGCAUUGAAAGUUUAGUGCUGAAUCAAAAGGUGGAACAAGUUUUAUCAUUUUAUUUUGUACCCUCUGAACAUUAUCCAGAGGAGGGGGCACAAAGAUAUUUGUUGGGAGGAUGCAUCUCAGCUGUUUCAAGUGUCAGACCUGAUCAUAGCACCAAGGGUGAUUCUUGGUAACCAACGUAGAGGAAACCACCUGAUUUCUUAGGUAGUAAACAAAAGACUAUUUAAGCUGAUCAUGGGAGAAAGAUGAUAUUGCUGUUCAUUCCAUCACUUUUUAUAAAUUGCUCUCUCCUGCCCAUUUUUAUCAGCUUUUCAGUAAUAUCCCUCAAACACAUUCAUAUCAAGUAAUUUUUUAAAAGAAAUUAGUUUCAGAUACGUUGCACCAAAGCCUAUUUUCCUGCAAGGAGAAUUACUCUCAGAAAGGUGUCAUUUUCCAGCCAUGGAUCCAACAUUAACUUAUAUUGUUUUAACCUGUCGAGAAUGUUUUUAUGGAUGGCCAGAAAAAAAAUCUCCUCCCUCUUAAAAAUCAAAACAAAACACAGAAUGAACGAAGGAGGUAUUGCCUUGGCGGUAAGUUAGUGUCCUCUAGAAAACAUCGCAGUGAUUGUUAAUAAUAUAUGUUGUCAGUUCCAGUAGGUUUCACUAUAUAACCUCACACACGACACGCUAAACCUUUAUAGGCAAAUGAACUCUGGACGCUUUGUCUUAGCUUAUAUUGAAGCAAAUCACUGAAUUAGUCUAAAGAAGGAGAGAACUGGGAAGCAAAUGACUGACACAUGUAAUUAUGAAAUCCUCUGUCAUUAUAUUAUUAUUUAGCAGCUCAAGGUGAUGUACCGGGAAAGAUUAGACAUUUGUGACUGGUUUCUGUUCACUAGCUUUCAUAUGCCCCAAAAUGAGCACUGAGCAAAUCCUAUACUGGGUACAGAGAAGAUGUCUUUUUUAAAAAAAAGACAAAUAGUCAUGAGUUCCUCGUAUUUUGUUACUCCCCAGCCUUUGAUUUAUACACAGUCCUGUCUGUUUUGCAACUGAACAACUUGUCUUUAUAACACAAUCAGAUCACUUUCCUAGCUGCAAUUUUACCAUAGACAAUCAAAAUUUGAUGGGGAGAAGGAAACAAUGUGCGAUUAUUAUUAUUUUUCUUUUCCUGUGAAGAGAAUUCUGUGUAGGCUCAUCAAUGUUACUUAAAAUCUGUAAUUUAUGAACAAAACUUGGUGUGUAUAAUUGCUGUAAUAUAAAUUGCUUGUAAAUCUAUAGAAAUUCCCAUUGUUGAGGGUCCCAAUGAAUGCUAAGAGAGCUUCUCUUCAUUAUGUGCCCAGCAGGUAUAAGUAGCUUUAUAUAUUGUUGUCCCCACUGUUAAUCUAUUCAGAACACAUUUUGCUUUAAUGUGUAAAGUUAAAAAAAAUAACAAAAGAAACUUCACUUUUAACCUUCCAAUAGUAUAGAAAUGAAACCUCAGGCUAUUGAAUAGUAUAUCUUUCCUGAGUUUUCCAAAGUGUUUGGGCUGAGGUGUGGCACUCUGGGUUCAGCUGCAUGCAGACUCUGGAAUACAUGUUAAUCCUUCAGAUACUGACACUAUUGCACAAUGUUAAUUCAGGCACAGUUAAAGCAUUCGGGAAAUAAAUCCAGAGCUAAUCUAUAUGUGCAAAAUGUUUCAAAUUAUUCAUGCCAACGUUGGAACCCACAGUUCAAAGUUUCUGUGUUGUUUUAAUAAAUAAUUUCCAUUGGCCUGAA